GUCUGAACCGAUUUUAUUUAAAGUGUAUUUUCUUUCUUUAUUUAGUUUUAGUUUUAAAAUACAUUUUUAUUUUCUAUAAGACUAAAUUUUAAUAAUGCAGAAGUAGAAAGUGAUUGAUUUGACUAUUGUGUUGAAACAAAUUUGAAACGUUCUAGUGUGAAGUGUAGCUGGCUCGAUAUAACUGUCAGUCUGGGUGUAGAAAUUUAUUUGUAAUUUUCACCGGUUCUGUUCAAUAACCGAAUGAAUUAGACAAUAUUAGAACAAACGUUUAUUAUUAAAAUAUAAUGUUAAUUAGUGUUUAUGGUGUAUAAAUCAGUGCUAAAAUGGAUGACGACACUAUUAAAAUCCAAUCUGGGAUUAACAUCAACAUCAAGAGAACAGAUGGCCGCAUUCACUCCGCGAUCGUCUCCGGGCUUAACUUGGAAGCGAGGUCGGUGACAGUGGAAUGGUACGAGAAAGGCGAAACCAAGGGCAAAGAAGUGGAGAUUGACGCGAUCCUUGCCCUCAAUCCGGAAUUGUCAGUUGGUACCAGAAACACUUCGCAUUUGCAGCCAGCACCUAAUAAAUUGACUCGGGACCCGUCGGGCUCGUCCUCGGAUGAUGGAGGGUUCCUGCGUGAUGGCGGCGAGGGCGAAGGCACCGGGGACUCCGGCCACACGCUGCCCGUGCGAAACUCACGAUCGGACAUGACGCGUCAAUCCAUCCCAGUGGCCAAGGCGCCAGUACGGGUGACUCGUAACAAUCAGGCACGUGUGUCCAACGUAAGUGCAUACACCAAUGGGCACGGAGGUGACACGACCGGACGCAGAGGGGCAGAAAAUGUCCCGCCGCCGGUUCAGGCCACGGUGCAGCCGCCGAAUUCUAGAAUCACUCAGCAGUUCAAUCCCCCGCCAGUAUCAUCAGCACGGCCUGCAGCAGUCUCCAGUAAUGUCUACAUACCACACCAGGUGGCGUCUGGGGCCGUGAGACGCUCCAACGUGGUAAAGGAAGUGGAGAAGCUUAAGGAGAAUCGCGAGAAACGACGGCAGAGACAGGCUGAGCUCAAGGAGGAGAAGGAAGCCCUAAUGAAUAUGGAUCCCGGUAAUCCAAACUGGGAGUUCCUAGCAAUGAUCCGCGAAUACCAGAGUAGCAUUGAGUUCCGGCCUUUGUUAGGCAACGAGCCGGUUGAAGACCAUCAAAUCACAGUAUGCGUUAGGAAGAGGCCGCUUAACAAAAAGGAAGUUGGUAAGAAAGAGGUGGACGUAAUAAGUGUACCGACGAAGGAUCAAAUGAUAGUACACGAGCCCAAGAACAAAGUGGAUCUCACGAAAUACCUCGAGAACCAGAAAUUCCGCUUCGAUUAUGCGUUCGAUGAUUCUUGUACUAACGAAAUUGUUUAUAAAUAUACAGCAAAACCUCUAGUUCAGACAAUAUUUGAAGGCGGUAUGGCCACGUGCUUCGCGUACGGACAGACCGGGUCAGGGAAAACUCACACAAUGGGGGGAGAUUUUCAAGGCAAGCAGCAAGACUGCAAGAAGGGCAUAUACGCAAUGGCGGCGCGUGAUGUGUUCACAUACCUCAAGUCUCCCAAGUACAAGCCGCUUAACCUUAUAGUCUCCGCUUCUUUCUUCGAGAUAUAUUCCGGAAAAGUAUUCGACCUACUAGCGGACAAGGCGAAGUUACGAGUGCUCGAGGACGGCAAGCAGCAAGUGCAGAUAGUGGGUUUGACUGAGAAAGUUGUAGAUAAUGUUGAUGAAGUUCUCAAGCUUAUACAACACGGGAACUCUGCUAGGACUUCGGGACAGACAUCAGCCAAUUCAAACUCUUCCCGAUCUCACGCCGUGUUCCAAAUAAUAGUCCGGUCUCCGGGAAUGCAUCGCGUGCACGGAAAAUUCUCUCUCAUCGAUCUCGCGGGUAACGAAAGGGGCGCCGACACAUCCUCCGCCAAUAGGCAGACACGUAUGGAAAGUGCCGAGAUCAAUAAAUCUCUUCUAGCAUUAAAGGAGUGUAUUCGCGCUCUCGGAAUGAAAGGCAAUAACCAUUUACCGUUCAGAGUCUCCAAACUAACACAGGUGCUCCGCGACAGUUUCAUUGGCGACAAAUCUCGCACUUGUAUGAUUGCUAUGAUCUCACCCGCCAUGUCGUCUUGUGAACACUCGCUCAAUACGCUGCGAUAUGCUGACAGAGUGAAAGAGCUAGGAACAUCUGAAGGCCCGAGACGCGGCGAGUCUCCUCUUGCGGAUGUUGAGAUGGAGCCCGAACACGACGAUCUCGCGCAUCUGCGGUCUCUUAAUAAUAAUUGUUAUCUAGUGUACCCUGAGGAAGGCGACAUGUCAGCUGAGAUGUACAACUUCCACGAAGCCAUAGACGAGCUUCAGCGUGCUGAGGAAGAAGUUUUGGACAAUCACAAGGCAAUCUCUGACUAUAUGCAGCAUACUCUGCAAAGAUGCAAUCAACUGCUCGGUAUCACUAGAGACGUGGACUACGAUCAGGAUGCAUAUGCGACGCAGUGGGAGGAGCUUUUGAAUGAGCAAUUGGCCGUGUUGGCUCAAUCUCGUGACUUGGUCGCCGAAUUUCGCACCAAAAUGCAACAGGAGGAACAUAUAUCGCGACACAUUCAGCCCCCGCGCCAUCAGUAGAUAUGGAAUUUAAUUUGCAGUUUUCGAGUCUUCGCUGGCAACAUUGUUAACUGUCAAACGUCAAACGUCGUAGCCGUCAUUCAGUUUUUGUAAUUUGUGUUAUAAGCUCUCUGUCAAAAUAGUUCUUUAGUAUUUUUUUAGAAAUAUUGUUUUCGGAGGUUAAUUCAACAGUUCGAUUUGUCACAGUUCUCAUUUUAUUAGUGUAUUACUCAUUUGUGUGUUUCUUUCAAAGCUUUUUAAUAAACACUUUUUUCUUUUAUUUUACAACAUAUGUAGUAAAGUUCCUAUGUAUAUAAGCACUAUGUAUGCAUUUGUCCAGAUAUUUCCUUUUAAGAGAAGUAGAAACCAGAGUCGGGUUUGACAUUUGACUGUGUUGCCAUGCAUGACGGCCUCACGCAUCGUAUUUGACUGUGACAUAAACGACGGCUUUGACACAGUAAAUCUUUUCGCCGAGACAAUGAUGUGUAGCUGGCCUACUUAUGUUCGCAUUUCUAAUACAACAAUUUAACUCAUCUAACCAUUACGUCAAUCGAGAUACCGUCGUAUUAUUAAUAUAUUAUUAGAGACUGUUUAUUUUAAGAUGUGUUUUAAGCACGAGCGAAGCCCGCCUCACAACUUUGGGCGUUAAACUUUUGAUGAAUUUUGUAACUAAUAGACAACUAUAGUCUUAACGAUUUUUAUUGAAAUAAAAAUGUUUUAAAAUGAUUUGAAUAGUUUUAUUAAUGUCGCAUUUGAAGUUUCUAUAAAAUCGUUAAAAUAUUUCUAUUUCAAUACUCGUUCAUUAGAUACGUGUUUAGAACCCGCUGUGUAUUGCCAUUAAAAUUUCCCUAAAAUUGUGUAAAUUUGCCGGUGUGUUCUUAACAAGUUGCAUUUAACUUCUCUAAUGGCCUAAUUAUGUUUAUGGAACGGUUGUAAGCUUGAGACCUCGUUAUUCCUUUUUGAAAUCGUCCAUUAAAUAUGUUUUAAACCUGGAAAUCCUAUUCGAAUACACCUUUUGUUUGAAAUGUUAUCUCCAACGUAUGCAUGUUUAUUGGACGUUCUCGUUUACUCAUAAUGUUGUGAAUUGCAUGUUAUUUAACAAUUGUGCUAUUUAUGUGACCCAAAUAAAAAAUUACCUUCCUUGGAACAUAUACGUUUAAAUGUUUCGAACCUUUUGAAAUUGUUUUUCCUUAGUUAUUUCUCCUGUUUCCAGUACUUAUAAAGUAUUUGUGAGCAUUAUUUAGUCCAAGAGAAGAUCAUAUUAACAAAGGUUUAGAGGGUUUAUGCUAUUUAAUUACUCAUAGCAGUGUCUAAGAACUGUGACAUGGCUUUUCGUAGUAAUGUUUUAUUAAUUAGACAUUUUUUUUUUAUUAAUUUUUUUUAAUCAUAUAAAAUCUAAACACUGUAAAAACCUACAAAGCCGGUGAAAUAAAUUUCUAUACACUAAUUAUAUAGAAAAAUAAAAAUUGUAAAACAUUUGAAAAGACUAAGGUCCGAAUUCUAGAACAUCUAUGUAAAACUAGUGGGAGACGUCAAACCAUUUCGAUAUGUCAUAUUUGACAUUGAGACAUGUGGCUAUCGGUACAAAUUGAAUUACGCGCCUAAUUUAUAAUUUUGAGUUAAUAGUUUCAUACCCGGUGCUUAAGGAAUGUUUUGAUGUUAUAAAUUGCUUAAAACUUAAUGCUAAUGUUAAAGUCAUAUAUUUAUAUCGUUUAUUUGACGUAUAAGUAUGUGAUUUAAACGGAUUAUUUAGUUAGCGAUGUCCUAUGUAUACUAUGGCUUAUAAAGUUAGAUAGCGCUUGGUACUCUGUAUCAGAGUCCGGUUAUGAAAAUCUCUUUUUGUUUGUAAGAGCCAUUAUAAAAGCAGAAAAUGAUUAAAUAGAAGUGCUUAGUGAUAAAAUUUUAAUAUUAUAAAUGUUUGGUUUCGUUGUGAGUUUUGUCUCAGACAUUUCUGCAUCUGUUUACUGACUAUUUAGUAUAUAUAAAGUGUCAAUGUGUCUUCUGAAAGAUUAACCAAGGGAAAACGAAGCCAGGAUUUCUGGCAUUCACAUAUAGCCGCGAAGUUGUAAAAUCUUUUGAAAUUUAUGUAUUCUAUUACCAGAAAGGUUUUGUUUUUUAUGUAUUACAUUUUUAAUUAAUCACUUAUUUUUAAUUUUAUCUCUUAUAAAUUCUUUUUACUUAACUUGAUAAUGCUGGACAAAAAUAUUUCUAGUCUUUUUUUCUUUAAAAAAAAACAAUGUAUGCUGUUCCGAUGUAAUACAUGAAAGCUUAUUAUGUCAUAAAUAAUAACUCAUGAUACCAGAAUACACAAUUUAAUGUCAAAUAACAAUGAAAAUUAUAUUAUUUUCCGGUAUUUCUGUACUAUUAUGUCUGCGAUGUAGUUCCAAUAUCAAAAGCCUUCCUUAUUAUUAGACCUUCUAUUCUCUGCAAGUAUAAUGGCUCGAUAGUAACUAAGUUUUGCCUUAAUCAAUUUUGUUUGUAUAGAAAUGAAAAUCAAUGUGUGGAAUGCGAGGUGCGGCGCGACAUGCUUUAUUAUUAUAAUACAUAUUUUAACAUCGCACAUUAUAAUAAAUUAAUCGAAAUUGAA